AUGGAACCGUCAGCGUUAUUGGGCGCAGUGAUUUGGGUGAAGGCCGAGCCCUGUGAGGAUGUGUAUAUAAUUGAUGAGUCCACGACCGUGAGCGUGUCUGUGAAAGCUGAGCCGUUGCUGGGUGACGUGUGUGUAAAAGACGAGCCCAGGUGCGAUAGCGUGUCUAUAAAAGCCGAGCCUUGGUGCGCAGAUGUGAGUGUGAAAGACGAGUCGCUCGGCGAGAGCGCGGUGACGGGGCUGUACUCCGAACACGCCGUGAAAGAUGAGCUCGUGCUCGGCCCCGUGCUAGUGGAGCGGCGCGUGCGCCACGCACCGACAGCUUCCAACCUGGCGUUAAAAGGGAAGUCCUUACUGAGGGACUGCUGUGUGAGGCUGGAGCGCCUCUUUGUGGACACGCUGCUCACCGGCACUCGGAGCACAGACGGGGAUAGCCCGAGACAAGUUCAUGGAGCUGAUGAAGAGCGUGAACACAAGAACACUACAGUUGAGGAUAUUAAAGAACAUUAUCAAGGGCAAACUCCACAGAAGAAACCAAGCAGUAGAGCCGAAACUUACCAUUGUGCCCACUGUAAAUAUACAACAACCAGAAAAGCAAUAUUAAUUAGUCAUUUAAGAAAACAUAUCAAUGAGAAGCCAUACAAAUGUGACCUUUGUAACUAUGCUAGUGCCUACAAAUCUGGAAUAGCAAGACAUAAAAUGAUUCACACUGGUGAAAAACCUUAUAAAUGUGAACAGUGUAAUUAUGCUACUGUCCGUAAAGGUGAUUUGCAACUUCAUGUAAGGAAACACACUGGCGUAAAGCCUUACAAAUGUGGACAGUGUAGUUAUGCUAGCAACCAUAAAAAUAGUUUGAAAUAUCAUGUAAGGAAACACACUGGUGAAAAGCCUCACAAAUGUGACCAGUGUAAUUAUGCUACUAUCUAUAAACGUGGUUUGCAACGUCAUGUAAGAAAACACACUGGUGAAAAGCCUCACAAAUGUGACCAGUGUAAUUAUACUACUAUCUAUAAAGAUGAUUUGCAACUUCAUGUAAGAAAACACACUGGUGUAAAGCCUUACAAAUGUGACCAGUGUAAUUAUGCUACUGCCCAUAAACGUGGUUUGCAAGUUCAUGUAGGACAACACACUGGUGUAAAACCUUAUAAAUGUGAACAGUGUAAUUAUGCUACUGCCCAUAAACGUGGUUUGCGAGUUCAUGUAAGACAACACACUGGUGAAAAACCUCACAAAUGUGACCAGUGUAAUUAUGCUACUGCCCAUAAAGGAAAUUUGCAACGUCAUGUAAUACAACACACUGGUGUAAAGCCUUACAAAUGUGACCAGUGUAAUUAUGCUACUGCCCAUAAAGGUUAUUUGCAACUUCAUGUAAGGAAACACACUGGUGCAAAGCCUUACAAAUGUGGACAGUGUAGUUAUGCUAGCAACCAUAAAAAUAGUUUGAUAUAUCAUGUAAAGAAACACACUGGUGAAAAGCCUUACAAAUGUGACCAGUGUAAUUAUGCUACUGCCCAUAAAGGUUAUUUGCUACUUCAUGUAAGGAAACACACUGGUGUAAAGCCUUACAAAUGUGGACAGUGUAGUUUUGCUAGCAACCAUAAAAAUAGUUUGAAUUAUCAUGUAAAGAAACACACUGGUGAAAAGCCUCACAAAUGUGAAAACAAAAACACUUAAGUGGCCCACUGAUUAACAGUCCGCCGCACGGUAUCGGCCUGUCAGUUGUUCGGAACUGUCAAAUUUUUGUUCUAACUGACAGGCCGAUACCGACCGGCGGACUGUUAAUCACUGAGCCUCUUUAAUGAGCACAAAUAAUAGUUCAUCAGAUCUUGAACGACCGCUCGAAGGUUAGAAUCCUUAAUCGUAUGUUCCAUGGUUGUUUGAUAUUGUCAUUACAUCAGUCAACCUCCGUACUUUGUUUUUUGUAUCGAGACUGACUGAAAUAGCAAGACACGUUCGUACGUUUCCGUGAAAAUACGAUGGAAAAUAAUUCUGCCCAAAUAAUAAUACCGAAAUUUGCCUCUGUAAUUUGAACCUAUAUAGUUCGUUUUUUGUAGCAGUAGUCCCUACUGGAUGCCCAUAGAAAAAGGGGCAAGCUAUGAUGGCACCUGCCAACCCCAUUGCGAUAACUGCAUUAUUGCAUCAUCAUCAUCAUCUCAGCCAUAAGACGUCCACUGCCGAACAUAGGCCUCCCCCUUGGACCUCCAUUCGUACCGGUUGGAAGCGACCCGCAUCCAGCGUCUUCCGGCGGCCUUAACAAGGUCGUCUGUCCAUCUUGUGGGUGCAUUAUUGCAUAUGUUGUUAGAACGGCAGAAUUAUUUUCCGUCGUAUUUUCACGGAAACGUACGAAGCAGCGGUCGGCAACCUUUUAGCAGCCAAGGGCCACAUAGCAGUUAACGAAGUGGACGCGGGCCGCACUCUGUUAAUAUUUAUGACUUUAUCAGACAUUGUCAUUUGUCAAUAUUACAUACAACAUAGCCAGGGAGGCUCGCGGGCCGCAAAUGCCCUACUGCAUUAAAAAAACAAAAAUUGUCAAUUCUAGGAAAUGAGAGGGCAGACUAUGCUGGCGCCAUAUUCUGCUAAAUACUUCGACCGGCCAACCGCAAGCGCUGGUGGCCUAGCGGUAAGAGCGUGCGGCUUUCAAUCUGAAGGUCGCGGGUUAAAACCACGGCUCGUACCAAUGAGUUUUCCGGAACGUAUGUACGAAAUAUCAUUUGAUAUUUGCCAGUCGCUUUUCGGUGAAGGAAAACAUCGUGAGGAAACCGGACUAAUCCCCAUAAGGCCUAGUUUAUCCUCUGGGUUGGAAGGUCAGAUGGCAGUCGCUUUCGUAAAAACUAGUGCCUACGCUAAUUCUCGGGAUUAGUUGUCAAGGGCCGAGGCAAAAUGCCGGGACAACGCGAGG